UGUGAACCGCUUCUGUCAGUGGGUGUUGGACAUUCACAGCGCAUGGAAAGUAUGAGUCCCACCCACCUUAAAAACAUACCUCCAAGACCAGGACUACAGAAGGAAUACGCGCUGUAGGAAGAAUAUUCUGCCUAACAAAUCUGAGAACAUGAGCUAUCCUGGAUACCCUCAGGCUGGUGGAUACCCUCCCCAGGCAGGAGGCUACCCCCCACAGGCCGGGGGCUAUCCUCCCCAGGCAGGAGGCUACCCCCCUCAGGCUGGUGGCUAUCCCCCCCAAGCUGGAGGAUACCCACCCCAAGCCGGAGGAUACCCACCCCAAGCCGGUGGAUACCCCCCUCAGGCCGGUGGUUAUCCCCCUCAGGCCGGUGGCUACCCCCCUCAGGCCGGUCCUGGUGGCUAUCCUCCUCCUCAGGCUGGAGGUUUCCCAUCCAUGCCCCCUGCAGGCAGUUGGGGUGGUGGCGCUGGGUUUCCCACCGUAGGUCUUGACAAUCUGCAGAACCCCGGUUUCAAUCCAGCCAAUCUUCCAGCCAUGGCUAAUCAGAUCUCAGCUUCCAUGGGAGGAUUUAAUCCAAACCCAUCCAUGUUCCCCCAAGCCCCUGGAGGGUACCCCUCUGCCCCCCAGUCUGGGGGCUAUGGGGCCCCUUCCCCUAACCAUGGCCUGUACCCGCAGCCAGGAGGGCCAGGGGUGGGUUACCCAGGUCAGCAGCCCAUGCCUGGCUACCCGCGGGCACCAUCACCCAACCCUCCCAUGCCCGGCUAUGGAGGAGGACCAGCACCUAAUCCGUCCAUGCCGGCGUACCCGCGGGCCCCAUCACCCAACCCAUCCAUGCCAGGCUACGGAGGAGGAGCCAUGCCUGUAGUUCCUGCCAUCAAUAGAGGUUUCAGGGGUACGAUCCAGACCUUCCCAGGAGCAGACCCCCUGAGGGAUGUGGAGGUUUUGAGGAAAGCCAUGAAGGGUUUUGGCACCGAUGAACAAGCCAUUAUCGAGUUGCUUGGGAGUCGGUCCAAUAAGCAACGUGUACCUUUGCUCAUGGCCUAUAAAACCUCCUAUGGAAAGGAUCUUGUUAAGGACCUGAAGUCAGAACUUUCUGGAAACUUUGAAAAACUGGUGCUGGCCAUGCUGAAGACUCCAGCCCAGUUUGAUGCAUAUGAACUUUACACUGCCAUAAAGGGAGCAGGCACAGAUGAAGCCUGUCUCAUAGAGAUCCUGUCCUCUCGCUCUAAUGCUGAAAUCAAAGAGAUAAACGAGAUCUACAAAACAGAGUAUAAGAAGAAACUGGAAGACUCCAUCAGUGGAGAUACCUCCGGACACUUCCGCAGACUUCUAAUCUCCCUGGCCCAGGGUAAUCGGGAUGAGAGAGAGACUGUGGACAUUUCCAUUGCCAAACAAGAUGCCCAGGCCCUCUAUGCUGCAGGGGAAAACAAGCUGGGAACUGAUGAGUCCAAAUUCAACGCCAUUUUGUGCGCCAGGAGCAAACCUCACCUCCGAGCAGUUUUCCACGAGUACCAGCAGAUGAGUGGCAGAGACAUCGAGAAGAGCAUUGAGAGGGAGAUGUCUGGAAAUCUAGAGGGUGGCAUGCUAGCAGUGGUCAAGUGUAUUAAGAAUACCACUGUCUACUUUGCUGAGAGACUCUACAAAGCCAUGAAGGGUGCUGGGACUAAGGACACAACCCUGAUUCGGAUCAUGGUCACUCGUUCUGAAGUCGACAUGCUGGACAUCCGCCAAGAGUACAUGAGGAUGUAUGGAAAGUCGCUGUACACACACAUCUCUGGGGACACCUCUGGGGACUAUAAGAAACUGCUGUUGAAGCUGUGUGGAGGGAGCGACUGAAGCCUCCACACAAAGGAUCUCCCAGAAGGGGGCUCUGCAUGCCGUACCCUACAUGCUUACACAUGUUUACUGAAUCGCUGUAUCUUAUCUAUGCAUCACACUCAGCAUUAUUGCAUGCUUUGCUGUUAUCAAUGCAAUCCUUUUUUAUCAAACUUCUUAUUGGGGAAUGCUGAUUUGGUUUUUCAGAGCAAUAAAGUAUAUAUUUCUAAUUAGCAUAGCAUGAGGAAGGAUAUUUCAAAAACCAUUUAGAUUGGAUUUGGUAAUAAAGAGAUAUAUACCUGUAUAUUUUAGACACAAAAAAAAACAUAUUUAAUAGUCUGUGCCAAAUACCAAUCUAGCAAAAAAACUGAUCAGAAUUCUUCAGCUAAAUACCAAAGUGGUAAGUUUAUAUUUCUGUUUAUAUAUUCUGUUAAUAUAGAGUAUAUUUUUUCGGUGUUUUUUUACCAUGAUUUUGUCCUGUCUUUGCUAUUUGCAUUAUUCUACCUUUAAUUUGUGUCUGCAUAACUCAAAGGUAAACCUCGCAGCAUACAUUUCAGUGAAAAUGUGUCUGUGAUGAUCUCAAAAUAAAUACUGAGGUUACGAAUCUUUGCUAAUUUGAUCAGUACCUAUUUUAUCAUACUCAUGAAUGCUUCCCUUUCUUGAAUCUGUUGCCCUUGAGAUUUCAACUCUAAGGUGUGCAUGGAUGCCUAGAGAUUUUAAAGAUCAGUAAUCAAAUCAUAGUAAAACCUUGAGGAGGUUACAGUACAUACAGAUAUCACAGACUCUGUUUGUGCUGAAUUCACUGUCUCCUCUGGAGGGCAGUAAAGCCUUUUUGUUGCAGAAGUGUACAAGCUACUGUUAAUAAUCCGGCUAUGUCAUGAAAACCUACUAUUGAAAAGCAACUAUAUAAUUGUGUAAAAAAAAAAAAAAUCCUCGCUCAUUCAAAAUAAACCAAUACAAUUGAUGUAUAGUGGCCUACUCUUCUAAAUGAAAAGUGAAAACAUUGAGCAUGCUUCCACACUUAUUAACUGACUAUCUACCCUCAUACGUUGAACCUAGAUAGAAAUGUAUGCUUUGUGAAGAUUCGCCUGUGUUGCAGAAUUCAGCUUUCAUUUUACAGGGGGUCUGUAAACCUCCUUUUUCUUGACUUUAAAUGUUGCACGCGUCGACUAUCCACGUGUCGAGCGCUGCGCUAUGAUCCAGUAGUUAUGGUAGUGUGUGUUUACCGCGCUAUGAUCAAUAACUCUGGGAGACAAGGCAGGGGGGACUCAGGGAAGCCUCUGGGAUGGAUUGAUGGCAUUCAUAAAUCUGCCUGGGCCACAUUAAACAUGUCUGCCAUGUCUGCCCUGCUGUCAGAGAGCUCAGGGACCUUGGUGUGACUUAUCAUUGGAUGACAGCCAUGUUGGGGGAAAUCACUUUGGAUUAUAUCACAUUAUUUAGGAUUGGCUGGGGAGAAAGUGAGGGGUGGAAGGGGGCAGAAGGCUUGGAGCCUUGGUCUUAAGAGAGCAGUGUAUUAAGAAGUGUAUUAAAGUUAUAUGUGCCUUGGUGCACCAUAGGAAAUUUAUGGCCAAAGCUUUCCGACUGAAUCCCAUUCUGAUCAUAAUUAGAGCCUCUAUUGUUUUUCCUUUUUGUCAUAUUUUAUGUGCCUGGUUUUAGGCCUUUUAAUCCACCAACGUCCUUAUUAAUAUGAACACUUUGAGCUAGGCUUGACUGUAAAUCACAAACAUCCUGUCUGAUCAUAUCAGAUACACAAACCAGGGAUUAGGCCUAAACUGCAUUGUGGAUGUAUAAUGAAAUGUAUUAAUCCAAUGGAAGACCAUCAACGUUCCCUGAACUUCCCACCCUACUAUACAGUCAAGUGCUUUAGAAAUAGAGCAGCUUUCGUCCUAAAGGACAUAUGGGGUGUUUUCAUUUAGUGGUUGUAGGUAUUGAGAUGCUGUGUGGGGAUUGUGGGAGUAGAUGUCAGUAUUUUUUUAUGCUGUGCUAUUUUAUGAUACCGUUAUUGCCUAUAGUUGCUCCUUUAAAGCCUUUUGAACAGAAAUAACAUCAAUGUCAUAUAUUUAUGCUGACAAGUAUAAAAAGGAUGCACUAUUUGGAGUUAUGAGUAAGCCAUUUCUGUGUAAAUAAAUAAAAAUGAUGUACCUUUG